AUUGGUUCCAGCGAAUCGUGUAGUCAGCCUGCAGCUCCCAGCUGUCGCGCGCAGUCCACCAGUCCACACCGGAAACCAGUCCCCGUGAUGCGAUGGUCCUGGAAGAGAGAGAGAGAGAGAGAGAGAGAGAGAGCGCGCGCACGGUUUCCCAUCAGAGACCAGCCCUCGAAGGGUCACGUGGUCCACCGUGAUCCACCACGGCCGACGGGACAAAUCAAAAACGCCUCACGCGACCCGCGAGCAUCCUUCUCUUCUCCGCGCGGCCCGCAGACUGCAGCCGGCGUGUGCGUGCGUGCGCGUGCGUGUUGUUUUGCAGCAAGUCUGUGUUGUUUCUCAGCAAGUUCGUGUAGUUUCGCAGCCGGUGUCUGUUGCGCCGUGAAGUGAAACUCCGCCAUAUUCAGCCCACCACGCCCGGAGGAAGGACGCCGCUUCUCUCUUCUCAAGUUUGUUGCACGAACUUGAUUUCCUACAACCACGCGCGGAGAGAAACGAGGAGGAAUGACUCUGAGCUCCGUGGGGGCUUGCUGCCUCAGCCCGGAGGCCAAAGAGGCUCGCCGGAUCAACGAUGAGAUCGAGAGGCAGCUCCGCCGGGACAAGAAGGACUCCCGGCGGGAGUUCAAGCUCCUUUUGCUCGGAACCGGCGAAAGCGGGAAGAGCACGUUCAUCAAGCAGAUGAGGAUCAUCCACGGCCGCGGGUACUCCGACGAGGACAAGAGGGGCUUCACGCGGCUCGUCUACCAGAACAUCUUCACCGCCACGCAGGCCAUGAUCCAGGCCAUGAGCGCGUUGAACAUCCCCUACACGUACGAACAGAACAAGGAAAACGCCAGCAUCGUCCGAGGCGUCGACGUGGAGAGGGUCACGUCUUUAACCGGCGUUUACGUGGAUGCCAUCAAGUGUCUGUGGAGCGACCCGGGGAUCCAGGAGUGUUACCAUCGCAAGAGGGAGUACCAGCUGUCCGACUCGGCCAAAUACUACCUCAACGACUUGGGGCGGAUUGCCGAUCCGGCUUAUCUGCCGACGCAGCAGGACGUCCUGAGGGUCAGGGUGCCCACGACGGGGAUCAUCGAGUACCCCUUUGACCUCGAGGACGUGGUCUUCAGGAUGGUGGACGUGGGCGGCCAGCGGUCGGAGAGGAGGAAGUGGAUCCACUGUUUUGAGGAAGUCACUUCCAUCAUGUUCCUGGUGGCGCUCAGCGAGUACGAUCAGGUCCUCGUCGAGUCAGUCAACGAGAAUCGCAUGGAGGAAAGCAUGGCCUUGUUUCGUACAAUCAUAAACUACAAGUGGUUUGAGUCAUCCUCGGUCAUGUUAUUCCUCAACAAGAUCGACUUACUGGAAGAGAAGAUUAUGCACUCCCAUCUGGUAGACUACUUCCCCGAAUAUAAUGGUCCCCAGCAGGACGUCAAAGCAGGAAAAGAGUUCAUCUUGAAGAUGUUCGUCGCUCUCAAUCCGUACCCGAAGAAGCGCACCUACUCCCACUUCACCUGCGCCACGGACACGGACAACAUCCGCUUCGUGUUCCAAGCCGUGAAGGACCACAUCUUGCAGAUCAACCUGGAGGUCUACAACUUGGUUUAGAGCACCGCUGCGGUUUCGGGCCGGGCUUCGUGCGGCCCGGCGGGUCCGGAGAGAGAGAGCGCUGCUGAGACACUAUGGUCCACGGGCAGGGAAUCGAGAAGCUACGGAGCUCGCCGCCAAAUGACUGUACUACUGAUGUAUUUCAAAUUUCCCUGUGAGGCUCCCUGCUGAAAACGGAUGUCUCGGGCCAUAAUGAAGUGCGUCCUGCCAAUUAAAGCGCUGCCUAAAGAGAGGAGUCUAUUACAGCAUGCACUCUGGAAUUUAUGGAGCUCUUAAGGUUUUUUGAGCAGUAUCGGUACAAAUGCACAUGGAUGAAUUAAGAGGGGAAGGUGGGGGGGGUUCAGUGGCCCCAGAAGCCUCCGAGGACUUGUAAUGCACCCGAGUUUCUCCUUCAGGGAAUCUGUGGAAAGUGAAUGUAUCACUAACCCCAGCUGUUAAUAAUAGGGCUUUGUUUUUGUUUUAUUUCACUUUUUUUUUUUUAUACGUCAAACUGUUUUAAAUACUCUAAACACUUAUUUUGUGUCUUGGCUUGAAGGCAAACCAGUAACAAUUAACACUAAAAACACAACACACAUGACGUUAUUCCAUAGCUAUUUGUGCUGAUGUAUCGUUGGUGUGCACCUCACUUAGUUUGUUAAAAUAAUAAUAACCACCUCAUGUUAAGUUUUAUUAGAACUUACACAUUUGUCUUUGAUGGCAUUAUUCAGUCCUAAACCACUCUUUGCCAGCACAGCAUUAAUGUGCACUCGUAAGUAUUUUAACCACAAGUCUUUUCUUUUGUUUUAAGCUGCAGGAUCAAAGAUUCAUGCCGUUCAGGCGCUAUGUGAGUAGUCUGUUUUGCUUUGAAACCAUUUGCUGUAAUAUCUGUAGAGCUUUUUUUGCCAUUUAAAAAAAAAAAAAAUCUGUCUGCAUAUUGUAAAUAUCACGCGGUGAAACAGUUUUCACCUUUGGUUCGCAUCAAGGUCCGUGUGGAGAGGCAAAUCCCCAGAGAGAACUGUUAUGUUAAAUUUUCUCUGAGGCAUUAAACUAGUUCACAUUUGAUCUUGUUUUUUUUUGUUGUUUUUUUUGAUGCUGUUCGAGGGUCCUCAAAUGCAUGACUAAAAAAGCUAAUGAGAGCUAAUCCACGGCACGAAUGUUUACACGACCCCUUUCUUCUCGUCAGAAAUAAUCACAGCCUAAUUUAAGCAGUUUAAUUUAUGGUUCGCUUUCACUGUCACUGCGAUAUCUUAAUGCGGCCUUAGUGUUGUUAAUGUGCUUGGGUAAAUAAACAGACAUUUUGCUGCUCC